AUGGCGCCUAUAUCGACUCUAACAGAACCUCUCAUCCGCUUCGUCCGCGAUCUCUCCUCCGCAUUCAUCUCUCUAUCCUCGUCGAAACUCGUCACACGGCUCGACCCAAUACCAGACCCCGCAACAUCUCUCUCACCCUCUCUUGAAAACACGAUACAAAAACGAGCAGACCAGAUCCUCUCCAUACCCGCUACAUAUGCCUUCCUCGACACCUCACCGACACCAGGCACCGUCGUCGGUGCCGUCCUCGGCGUUGUCGGCGGCGUAGUCAUACUCGUCAUCGUACUCUACCAAACCCUCGGCUGGGGCGACACGGGCGAAAGCAUCGUUGUCGAAGAAGAAGUCAGCGAAGCCGACGUCGUGCGUACAGGCUCACGGCGCAGCGCCGUAUCCAGGUCGCGAUCAAAUCGGCCACCGGGACGUCGUAUUGUGGAAGAAGAGAUUGUCGAGGUGCGGGAACGGCCGCAUUCGAGACGGAGAUCUGACAUUAUUGACGAUGAUGAAGAUGAUGAGGUUGUCGUUAUUGAAGAAGAGGCGACUACGGGUACGCAUUAUUCGGAUGAUGUUGUGGAGGUGGAGGAAGAAGAGAGUAGUGUCGCGACGAGUCCGCGUCCGCCGCGCCGGAGCAGGGCUGGUGGAAGUUAUAGACGGGUUGAUCCGUUGGCGUAUGGUGGCGGUGAUGAGCCUUAUAGGCGACCUAGUCGGCGAUAA